AAACGGACAGCGGAGUAGUUCUACCAUUCUACUAGACAGAGUUACAAUUUAGAUGUAGACCUUUAUAUCUGGUUAUAAACCCAACAGUUUUAUUAACACUGUAGUCAGUGCUUUGAUCAGAAUCUAUAUAAAUAACUGCAUAUAGAUUCUAUUCAUUUUUGGCGUACUUUAAGCUGGUCAGUGAAGAUUCUACCACAAAGAAAUGACCACCUCGCAGACUGCCACUGUCACCAGUACACGUCGCACCAGUAAGAGCGUCCCGAACCUUUCGACAGAUAUCUCCAACUUGUUCGAGGCUAUAGGCGAGGGCAAGAUAGAGACAGUCAAAGUGAUUCUCGAAAUGGCCAAAGACCCGGCAGAACUAUUGCGUAUGAAGGACUUACAAGGACUCACUCCCUUGAGAAAGGCUGUAGCAUUGAAUAAAGCUGAAAUAGCUCGUAUCUUGGUGGCUUAUGGAGCCGAGCCAAGUGUCAGAGAUCCUGCAGGUCGAACUGUUCUUCACAUAGCGGUGAUGCAAGGCAGACGUGAACUCAUUGCCCCCCUCUUGGUGUCUAAAGAUAGCUGUGUUAAUGUACAAGACUCGCAUGGUUGGUCACCACUACACUUCGCUGUCCGAGGGAAACAUAUCCACGCAAUCAACUGGUUACUCUACGCUGGGGCAGACAUAAGCUUGAAGAACAAGGAAGACAAGACUGCUAUGGACCUCUGUGACGAGGACAGUCCUAUCAGAGCCAUGUUGGCCAAGUAUGAGCGAGCACUGGACGAUGGCCCGUUAGACCUAUGUAGUUCAUUCAUCGGACGUAAACAGCUGAACCAGAUUGGGCCCGAUGGACUUCUGAUGUUUGUAACGUCCAGUAUAUGGUCAGAGAGAAUGCAGUUUAUUUUUUGUAUACGGAUACGACCGUACAGGGCAAUGCCCCCGAUUCCGUUGAGACUAGACGAACAGUAUUACAGUGAUGUCUGGCACUACAGAAUGAUGCGUCGUUUGUCGCCCAAAGAGACAAGAGUCAAGGCAUAUUUUAGACUUUUUGAAGAGUUGAUUGACACGGAAAUUGUUCUGAAGAUUACAUCCAAAAGAAAGUUUCUUGGAGAGAUUCCAUUUACAUUGUCCAAAUAUACACAGUUUAACUACACAAGCUUUCUUGCUGGGGCCGAGAUGGACUUGAAGGACGAAGGUCAGUUUGUAAUGGUGAAGCGACCGAUUUCCUACAUGCUGCUCAAAGACCAGGACGGCAUCUAUUCCAAUCGCCAUUGUGGCAUGUUUAAAUUCAAUCUACCUGACGGCGUCCUGCCCAACCCUCCACCCGAAUGGAACAAUACAAGAUAUGACAGAGAGUGGGAAGAAGCCGAAGCCAUGAUGAAAAAACUUUUACCGGAAACUGAAUCAGAGACCAACGAGGCAACGGUCACAGAGAAGCAAGUAGUGUGGGGAGACAGAAACAUGAAUGCCGAUGCUGCCCCGGAUGUAGAAGCGACGCCGGAAGGUGGCAAGGGUGCAGAAGAUGGGAAGGAUGGAGCAGGGGGAGAAGAAAAAGAGCCAGGGGAGAAUGAGGAAGAGGAAGAAGAGGAGGAGGACUGGCCAGGUGGCAUACGCCCUGGCACAAUCUUAGAAGGAGACGAGCCUGACGAGUGUGCAGAUUUCUACUUUAUCAGUAAAGGAUGGGCUCUGUACCUUCAACUCCUACACCCUUUGCCGCUACACAUGUUGAUUGAUAAAAGCAUUUUUGAACGUAAUGCCAUUCGCUGUAUAACUGACUUCUACAAAGUGUUUCACACGUCCAACAAGCAACCAACAGAGAAAUGUAUGAUGCAAAUUCCCAAGACACCUGAGUUUGUCAGAGUUGGAACUAUCCUAGUGUUUGCCAGGCGUGAACUUUUUCCCGAUGAAGUUGAGUUUCCAGACCCUGAUGAUACACCGGAAGAAUAUUUCCUGUCCAGCGAUGGUAAAAAUACUUGGGGAGCUUACUGGAUCUUGAAAGAGAAAGAAAGGUGGAGUGUGAUACCUUCAGGCCUAGUGAACAAACAAAGUCGACUUAUCUUUGAGACCAAGACCCUCACAACAUUUAUAGCGAUGCAGCUCACUCACGGGUCUCAGAAAUGGGAGUCGGAGUUGCCCGGUGACAGUAGCUCGGAGGAAGAAGAGGAGGAGGAAGCAGUAGAGGUUAAGGAAGGAGAGGGUGAGGAGGAGCCUAAAGAGGAAGUCGUCGAGGAGGAGGGAGAAGAAAGCGCAGAGAAGAAGAAGAAGAAGAAAAAGAAGAAACCCAUGUCUGAAAUCAAAGUGCAGGAGAGUGCCGACGAUUCGAGUAAUGAUGAGAUUGAAGGGAGUGUUACGGAGUUUACCUUCAAUCCUGUAGACGGCUCCAAUGGCUCCAGAAGGGAGACGGCAGGAGGCUCAAUGAUAAUGGAGGCUCCACCAGAAUCUUCUUCACCACAGCUCCAGGGCUCACCCUCAGGUUCACCCCAAAUGACACCUCAGAUGAAGCCGUCCAAACAAGCUACUGAUCAUGACAAGAAAGAUAUAUCUCCAAACAAAACCAGAAGUUCCUUGCGACGCAAAUCUUCAAAGGUUGCCGAUGGCCAACAAUCUGGUCGAGGUAGUUCAGUCCGCAUUAAAGACGAUGCCAAAAGUGAAAAUGACGCUAGCAACAACCGCACCGACAUGAACAACAGCCAAGCCCCCGUCUCCCUUAAUACCUCCCUUCAAAACGCUCAAAGACCGUCAACCGCUUACUCUGUAGUAUCCUUUGAUGAUGAGGAGGAAAUCUUAGCUCCCGAGCAGAGAACGGUCGUUAGUGGUCUCCCACCGCUAGAGAGCAGUUAUUAUUCCCUGUCUGGCAUGAAGGAACUCAGACGACCACAUCCCAAACCGCGGCCUGUAGUUGAAGCCCAAAAGACAGAUUUGGAAGAGAUUCCAGAAGAAGCGAUGGAAGAGCCUGCAGCAGAGAAACCGGAGGAGGCUGGCGAAGGAGAAGAGACUGUUGAAGUGGAGGAGGUAGAGAGUGAUGAGGGCAUUGUCCUCAAGAGAGAGAGGAUGUACUCAAUCGUGCAGAUUAAAGAUGAUGGUUCUAUAAUGCUUGAAGAUUUUAAAUUUGGGCCGCCUUUAACCGAACUGAGUAUUAGUGACGCAGACAUGAGCCUUUUAUUAACUGAAGUUGCUUACCUUUGGCGCUAUAGAAAUCACUGCGAGUGUGUUGCAAGUAUUUUCUCACGCUUCAGAGAUGGUGUCUAUGACCUGGCCAUUGAACUUGUUAAGGCAUCUGAACUGUAUGUAAGGGCGGAGAACUGGUGGGGUGAAGGAUACCGUAUGAUUGCCCAAACGCCCACUUUUCCAGCCAAAUCUGGACGUCUAUUUAAUUUUUUAUUAGAUGGUCCUAUGGUAGUGGAGAGUCCAGUGACGCAUGUAACAGGUUCUGUGUCGCAGAGGUCAAUGUUCUAUUAUCUCAGUACAGUCAGUUGCUUGGAGUAUGUGGUCAAGAAAGCAACCAAAGAUGAAGACGUCAAACCAGGCGGUGCUAAGAAAGGACCAAGAAAGAAAGACGAUAAAGCCGACCAGGAGCCAGAUUGUCGUCUGGACAUUAUGCAGUACUCACCUGGAAGUAGAACUAACGGCCUGGACAUCGCGUCGUUAAACAUUUUCUUGAAUGCAGCUGAUUUGUGGCACCAGAGACAUGUGGAACUGCGCAGCUCCGACAAUGUGCUCUUAAAUUCGCUCAUUAAGAUCUUAAAGAAGGAGAAGGCUUUCAAACACAAAUGGUGGCGUAUCGUUCUAUUGCUUGGCUACCCAGAGAAGGAAAUAGAGACAGAGAAAGGGAAAACCAAGUGGUCAGUUAUCAUAGCAAACCUGCUGACAAAAUGGUUCGAAGAUAAUCUGAAUGCGCCAGAUCGAGGUAUUUUAAAACUGAUAUCAGUCCUGAGCAUCAUGGAACUACACAACACAAUUGAAUCCUUGCUCUCUGGAAUACGAGAUUAUAAAGGAACAUUGUUGACUUCUAAGAAAGAACCCAGAUAUUUGAAAUUACUCUUCCAUUGGGUAUUGAAUACCAAGAUAACACGAAACAACAUCAUGCGGCUGAUAGAUCCCCAGAUUUUGAAGCCAGUGUCAGACAUUUUCUUGUUACGCAUGUCAUUGCUGUUGGAUCCAGGUCAGAUCUAUAAGAUUGGUGCCGCCAUGGAUGUUGAAGACAACGUCAUUCACGCUGUACAAGAUGAAGAGAGUAUCAAGGAUUCGGUCUACUUUCCAUUUAGGGUAUUGAUCAAAAGUCGUCAGAAGAAAGAUGAGAUCAUCCACUACACCUUGCUUCUGCUAGAGAUGACCAAACAGUGCAACUUUCAAGAGGCUCAACAGUUUCUCAUCACAGAGACCAAAAAAUGGAUGAUCACAGUGGCAGAAACAGAGCCAGACAUUUGUGCCAAACUAGACAAUGUUUUCUCUUAACAAUGUUUGCUCUUUAUUUGAAGAAGUUCUAGAACUUAUGUUGUAUCAAGUGUUAAGAGUAUAGUAAAGUUCAUUGAAUUCAGAAGUGUCUGCUGUAGUGAACAUAUUUUUACAUUUAUUUUUCAUUGUCUUAAAUAUCAUAUCAAUUAUCAUUGAACUAACAUAUAAAUAGCUAACAUAUACAAAUUCAUUUUUAACAUACUAGACCAAAGCAAAUAUUCUUAGACCAUGACAUCUCAAUCUAGAAGUAGACGUACUUUGCUUUAAGGAUUGUUUUCCCCCCUUCCCCCUUUUUAAAAAAAAUGUCUCAGUGACUCAGUGUAAUUAACAAAAAAUGUUGAAAUUAAAAAAAUUACAUUAUAAAUUAACUUUUUUUUUUAGAUACAGUUAUCCUAUUAUGACAUUGACUGUAUUUUUUGUUUACAAGUGAUAAUGGUGUGAUAAUGAUAAAUUUCGAUGAGACACCCUAGAGCACUUAUUUCUUUAAAAAAAUGGCAUUUCUGACUCAAUAAACAUUUAUUCAAUUUA